AUGCCAGCAAAUUCACGAUUCCAUGUGAUCAAUCAAUACAAUAAUGGCGCAUUCGACAUCGUCAUAGCGUCUGAUGCCACAGAUGCCUUCGAUAACGACGCUUCUGAUGCUCCUAAACCAAAAGAGCCGUCACGGCGCGACAAAGAAUCGGGCGUUUCCCGCGGAAUCGAUUUCCAUCAAGUGGGAAAUGUUGUCAAUCUGGAUUUCCCCACAUCUACUGAUAACUACAUUCAUCGAGUAGGAAGAACAGCCAGAGGGCGCAAUAAAGGCACUGCAUUGUCCUUCUGCACACCACCUGAACGGCCUUACUUAGACACAGUCCAGGAGGAGAUCAAUACCCAGAUGGGUCGGAAAGUAAUAAUCCCGUAUGAAAUUCGUAUCAGCGAGCUGGAUUCAUUUGUGCUGAGGGUGAAGGAAGUGCUUUCAAAAUGUGGCAAAACAGUGAUCAAAGCGGCGAGAAUGCAGGAAAUAAAACUGGAGAUGAUGAGGUCGGCAAAGUUGCAGUCAUUCUUUGCAAGCAAUCCCAGAGAAAAGAUAUUAAUGGAGACAAGCACACGUCCUACCACGCUUGCAGUACACACCAACGCCAUCGCUGAUGUCCCGGAGUACAUGGUGCCCAAGUCCUUACGUGGAAUCAACUACCAGAUCAAUAGGAAGAAAAAGUCGAAACCCGGUCAAAAGCAUCGGCGUAAACUUCAAGGAAAGUCUACCAAUCAAAAGGUUCAUAACCGUCAGAAAAAGGAUCCGUUAAGGAAUUUUAAAAUAUAA